UCGCAAUGCUUCUCAUAUGGACAUCUCUGUUUUACUUGCGGAUAGCAGGGCCAUUGAGUAGAGCCGCCAUUUUGUUAGUGUGUGCGCGAACAUGGUCGUGGCAUUAUAGUGAUAGUUGCGAUAGCAGUCAGAUAAAUAAUAUUAAAUACAUAUAUGUUUAAUUAUUUUAUUAUGAUUGUGGGAUAUUAUUUUUAAUAAUAUUACAAAAAAUAUAUAUUUACAAAUGUCGAGGAAACACAAUUGUGAAGAAUAUUGUAAGCUUUUGUCUCGCUCUGUUAAUAUUUCGGUUCGAUUUUCUCUCGGGUGAGUUCGUAUGCGUGAGUGCAUUUCUAAUUCGUCGUGAUUUUUCGCAGCUCGUUACAAUGUACAAUGUUAAAGUUUUUUAUGAUACAUUUUGUGUAAAAGUUUACUCAAGUUGGUGCUUAUUUUAAUAAAUCAAAACAUUUCUACGAUAGUAAUGCACAUUCUAAUGUGUAUAAAUUGUCUAAAUAUGGGUUGAUGUGCAAUUAAAUAUCGCUAUAUUCUUGGAGUUUUGUAUUGCAAAAAAAAAAGGCGCAAAAACCUUGCCGAAAAAAGAAAUGAUUGAUUCAAAAGAUGUUGGUGGUGAUAAACGUCGGCGUUUAAAAAUGUUGGUCCAACAAAAAGUGGUAAAGCAGGAAUGUGUCAAGUGCCAAUAAACGAUUGAAAAUAAGAAAUGAACUUAACCUUUAUUCACUUUCAAUUUGCUUUAAACUCUUAAAAAACAAUCAUCUUACACUGAAGAAACGUAGGAGGUAAACUAAGAAACGGAAUAAAUAACCGAUACUUCUCGGUCCACCUUUAUAACUUCAGACACAAAAUGCACUCGAUCGCUGUCGCCAAAAACGCUUUAACUCAGUUGAAACAUUUUUUAAAUGUGCGAAAGCGAUUUCAAAGAGUGCAACCUUAUAUAAACCAACUUCAAACUUGGAAAGUUUUCACCCUUUCUGCUAAUGUCAACACAGCCGCUGCAGCUCAAGUAAAAGCAUCAGUGUUGAGUGAUCGUGUUUUUAAAAUUAAUAAACCUUUUUUGGAAAUCAAUUUUUUCCUUCCGCCGUUUGAAUUAAAACAUUCAACUUUUUUUAAUUUUUAUAUAAUUUCGUCGUUAUUAAGAUAUUCAAAAUAAGCUUUGAUAUUGCGCUUGAAAAUUUUUGAAUUUAAAACAAACAACAAAAAAUAAGGCAAGUCAUAAAUUAUCAAGUUAAAUCGGCGUUGGGUUAAACAAGCUUACGCAAAUUUAAUACCAAAAUAGAGAUCAUAACAAAGACGUCUCAAUGAUGGCUGAUCAUAUGGACGAACCACCGCAGAAGCGGACUAAAAUGGAUCCAACGGACUAUGUUUCAGUUUUAGAAGAUGAUUUACCGGAUGAAUUAGUUACUGGCAAUAGUAAUUGGCCAGACCCUCUUGGCGGCGGCGGUGGGCCAGGGGGUUCAGGGACAGGUCUUGGUGUCAACGUAGUCGGUGGACCCAACAAACCUCCUGCACAGGGUCCUGGCCCAGGUGGACCACAAAUGAAUGGCGCAAGCGAUGAUAACACAGGCGGAAACCAAGGUGGUCCUGGCAAUCCAUUACGUCAAAUGCAACAUCAUCAACAUCUACAGCAGUUAUUGCAACAACAGGGUAAUAAAAAUACAGGAAUGAUCGGUAAUCCAAUGGGCGCAGCUGGUAUGAAUCAGUUGGGAAGUAAAUCGCCUAAUUUGCAGUCACCAAACGCAGCAGGUAUGCAAGUAGUUGGUGGUCAAAUGGGUAUGGUUAACUCAAUGUCAAUGUCGAUAUCCAACAACGGUACUCCAGGAAUAAAUACAAUGCCUGGUAUGAACACAAUUGCUCAGGGUAAUAUAGGAGGUAUGGUGAUUACCAAUAGCAAUUUGGGUGGUUUGGGUGGAGGUGCUGGCAUGGUAAAUACAUUAAAACAACAAAUAGGUGCAGGUGCCGGUGGUAUGAUGAAUGCUGGACCUGGUGGGGUAGGGCCCGUUGGAAAUAUGGGUCCUGUUGGUGGAGCAAAUCAGGGCAUGCAUUUAGGAGGCGGCCCUGGUCAUCCGCAAAGUCUACAAAAUGGUCCGAUGAUGGGUAGAAUGGUGGGGCAACAUCUGCUUCGUGGCCCCAAUCCUCAUUUAAUGGCUGGUAAUGGCCCUGGUGUUGGGCCAGGCGGUGGUCCGAGAAUGCAGAAUCCAAAUAUGCAAAUGGCUCAACGAGCAGAUGUGUUAAACGGUAAUCUUACAUACGGUGGUCCAGGUCAAAUGGCAAAUAUGGUUGGCGGUAAUGUAGCAGUCGGACCAAAUGGACCCUAUGGAAAUGCGGUGGGAGGUGUUGGAAAUUAUGGUGGUCCUGGUGGACCCCAGGGUGGACUUAGUGUAAACCCGAAUAAUCCACAACAGCAACUUUUGGCGCAGCAAAUGGCACAACGCGGUGGUGUUCACCCAAUGCAACAGGGCAACCGACCCGGUGUACCCAUUGGAAUGGCUGGUGUUGGUAAUGAUGGAACCCUUCAGGGUCUGGUAGGUGGUCCACAGCCACAACAAAUGGGUCCAAAUCAAUCACAAACGCAAGCUGGUGUCAUGGGAGGCCCACGACCGCCGCAACCUGGAGCUCAGAUCCUUCUUCAGCAACAAUCUGGUACCUCUCAACAAUCUGUUGGUGGUACGGCUGGUGGAAGUAGCGGUGGAAGCACAGGCAGUGGAUCUAGUGGUGGCGGCCAACACCUUUCUGAAGAGAGGAAAAAGCACAUACAACAACAAUUGGUGCUUCUCUUGCACGCGCAUAAGUGCAACCGGCGCGAAUCUUUGAACCCUAACCGUGAAAAAUGCAUAGUUCCCUAUUGUAAAUCUAUGCAAGAUGUGCUGGCGCAUAUGGCGACCUGUAAACAGAGCAAAGAAUGUAGCGUUCAGCAUUGCACGUCGUCUCGUCAAAUUUUAUUGCAUUACAAGACUUGUACCCGUUCGGAUUGUAUUAUUUGUUUUCCUUUCCGCCAGCAACAGAGUUUCCACAAUAAUGCAAGUGGCGCUAAUGCGAAUACAAACACUAACCAACCGUUACAAGGUAUUGUAAAACAACCACAGCAACAGCAAGCAGAUGGAGCUACCGUAGGGGGUGGUGGUCAGCAAAAUACUGGGAUACCGCAACAGAAUACUGGUGGAACGAAUAUUAUUGCUGGAAACGGUGGCCAAGUUGGAAUGACUGGUGGUCCAAAUCAGCUUUGUAUGAAGUCUAACGUGAUUAUAUCUGACCAAUUGCAACAACAAAACGCACAGAACCAAAAUCAGGAAAUCCGACGGUUUGAUAGUUUGGGAAUGCAAGGAGCAGUUUCCAAUUCCGGACCUGGAGCUAACAUGCUUCAAAAUAAUGCAGUGAAUGCACAACAACAAUUAAAUCGUAUUCGGUUGCUGGGGGGCGGACCGAUAGGGCGACCGAUGUCAGGUCAGAUUGGUGAACCCGGUGGUGGCAUAGGAGGUGGGGGGCCGAAUUCAAAUACAAUCAUGGGCAAUAAUAUGAUGGUUGGUGGAGCUGGAGGGCCGGAUAAUGGCAUGCAACAGCAAACCCAAAAUGUUCAACAACAACAAGUGCUUUUACAGGGCGGAAGUAGCGGUGGUCAUAACAACCCACAAUUAGCUGGUUUGAUCGGCGGUUCUAACUCUAACAACACUGGUCAAAAUCAACAAAAUGUUGGACAACAAUCACAGCAAUCAAACAUUCCUUUAUCAGUUAACGUUCAUAAUAUUAAUAACAAUUCCGCUUUUAACAAUGCACAGUUAGGUGCUAAUAACGCUGGUAAUUCAGCUGACAUGGGGGGAACUGCAGGAAAUGGACCACCACCUAACAAGCAGUUGGUGGGAGCACAAGAGUUGGCGAAGAUGAAAAUGCAGUCGUAUAAUGCCAUUAUGGCUAAUUCAACAACAGUAAGUGGCCCAGGUGGCGGACCUGGAGGAGUCGCUGGCGGUAAUAAUAAUUCUGGUGCACCAGGUGGUUCUGGUGCAGCAACGGUAAAUUCUGGUGGCUUGGUGAACGCUCAAAGUAAUAACACAUCCAGUGGGGGUGCAACCACUUCACAGGGCGGUAAUGGAAGCGCAGGUAAUAGUGCCGUUACUGAAGAAAGAGACUGGCGUGAAUCGGUGACUGCUGAUCUACGAAAACACCUUGUCCAUAAACUUGUACAAGCGAUAUUCCCAACGUCUGAUCCUACAACCAUGGCUGAUAAACGUAUGGCCAAUUUGGUUUCUUAUGCUGAAAAAGUUGAGAAAGACAUGUAUGAGGCAGCGAAGUCUCGGUCAGAAUAUUACCACCUACUGGCCGAGAAAAUUUACAAGAUACAAAAGGAGUUAGAAGAAAAACGCAUUAAACGAAAAGAACAGCAAAUGUUAAUAAUACAACAGCAACACGGAUCCGGUGGAGCAACAGGUACUGGUGCCGGGCAAGGGCCAGGUCCGAGUAAUGCAGUACCAGUUAGUCAACAACAUCCUCCUGGACAUCCUCAAGCUCAGCAAACACAGAUUAGACCUUUGAUCAGUCCCAUGGGUGCCAGUGGAGGCCAAGGUAUACCCUUAGGUGCUCCUGGUAUGAUGCAACAACCAAUGCGUGGACAAGCCCCUGGCAAUGUGGGUAUAAUGCCUGGGCAAGCAGGUCAAAAUAUGGUUGGAAUACGUGGCCAUUCUCCUGCAGGAAAUUUGUUAGCUUUGCAGCACCAACAACAGAGAAUGCAGUUUCCACAACAGCAGCAAAGCAAUUUAUUGGUUGGUCCGCCAGGACCUAGUCCAAACAGUGGUAUGGGAGUAAUGCCAACAUCUACACCACAAAGUAUUGUCGUACCAAGUCCGGUGUUAUCUCCUUAUGGUGUCCAAGUAAUUCCAGCUAGUCAAGUAAGCGCCGGUGGUGGGGUGUUGACAAGUCCUGUUCCUGGUCAGCAACAACAAUUUAUCACGGCCAAUGGCGGGAAUAGUUCACAAUCAGCGCAACAACUUUCCGAAAUUAUGAAGCAAAGGCUUUUGCAAGCGCAGCAACAACAACAGCAGCAGCAGAGUAAUAUGUUGUUACCACAAUCACCGUUUAACAAUCCUGCUUCUCAUAUGCAACAACAGCAACAACAACAGUCUCAGCAGCAACAACCACAAAAUCCCUUUCCUUCGCCAAUGUCGCAACAACAACAACAACAGCAACAGCAACAGAAACAAAAUAUGGGCUCAGUGGGAAAUAUGCCACCGACUCCUACUAGUCUUGAGUCAUUAGUUGGUGGAAAUUCGGUAGGCGCGAAUACCACAACUGGCGGCCCCUCAACAGGUGUUAUGGUAGCUGCGCCUAGUCCCUCACCAAAUUUCGUCUCGAAUGGUCCAAUAGGAACACCUUCCAACAAUCCACCAUCAGUAACAUCCCUUAUGCAGCCCCUGAGUGAACGAGCUAGCAGUACUCCUCCCAUUAUGGCACCGUCCCCGGCAUCGGCAACAUCAGGAACGCCACUGUCGGUGAAUGCUAGUACAGCUUCCAGUAUUGUAGGUGUGCCAAUGAGCAGUACUGGAACUACAAUGACGACAACUGCGUCAUCUUCAAAUACUCAGUUGUCAGCGAAACCUAAUGCCAUUAACACAAAUAAUAAUGGUCCUAAUCUGUCACAGCAGCAACAGCAGCAACAACAACAAUUAUCGAUGGGUAAAGGUGGCAACAACAAUAGUAGUAAUAGUGUCAGUGUAGUGGCCACAACUACUACUACAUCGACUGUGAUGAGUUCACGUCCUACAUCAAGCAGUAAUCUUUCAUCACAAAUGGCGGCGCUUGAAGCUGCUGCUCGUGAUAAUGAUGAAACUCCACCCUCACCAAGUGCUGAUUCUAGUGGUGAAAGCGGUAACGCAUCCAAAGGAAAAUUGGAUUCCAUUAAGCAAGAAGAUGAAAUUAAGAAAGAGUACAUGGAAGAUGGGAGCGGUGGUGGAGACAAUUCUCAAAUGGACACACAAUCUUCAGCUGGUGUAGGUAAAAAUGUUAAUAAUGACGGUACCAACAUGAAAGUGGAAAUAAAGAUUGAAGACGGAGAUGGCAUUAUAAAAAGCGAACCAAUGGACACUGACGACAACAACGCCGCAAAUGGUGUUGGCGGAAUGGGGAAUGCCGGCACUGUAGACUGUAAAAAUGAUGGAAAGACAUCAGGUGACGGCGAUACCAAAGUGAAGUCAGAAACAAAACCUGUAGUACCAGAACCACUGAUGCCUAAUGCUGGCGAUAAGAAAAAGAAAUGCGUAUUCAAUCCAGAGGAGUUGAAACAAGCACUGUUACCAACACUAGAUAAGUUGAUGCGUCAUGAACCAGAAUCAGCACCUUUCCGUUGUCCCGUGGAUCCACAAAUACUUGGUAUACCAGAUUACUUUGAUAUUGUGAAGAAACCCAUGGACUUGGGAACCAUUCGCAACAAUCUAAUGAAUGGCAAAUAUAAUGAUCCGUGGGAGUAUGUCGAUGAUGUGUGGCUAAUGUUUGAUAAUGCAUGGCUAUAUAAUCGUAAAACUUCACGUGUUUAUCGAUACUGCACAAAGUUAUCUGAAGUAUUUGAGCAAGAAAUCGAUCCGGUAAUGCAAGCUCUUGGUUACUGUUGUGGUCGAAAAUAUACAUUCAAUCCACAAGUGCUAUGUUGUUUUGGAAAGCAAUUAUGUACCAUACCACGGGACGCCAAGUAUUACAGUUACCAAAAUAGUCUAAAGGAUUAUGGUGUUGCCUCAAACAGAUACACCUUCUGCCAAAAAUGUUUCAACGACAUCCAAGGAGACACUGUUACUCUCGGCGACGAUCCGCAGCAGUCUCAAACGCAAAUUCGUAAAGAUCAAUUCAGAGAGAUGAAGAAUGAUCAUUUAGAGCUCGAGCCGUUUGUAGAUUGUCAGGAAUGUGGCCGCAAGCAGCAUCAAAUUUGUGUCCUCUGGCUUGACACGAUUUGGCCGGGCGGUUUUGUUUGUGACAAUUGCUUGAAGAAGAAGAAUUCCAAAAGAAAGGAGAACAAGUUCAAUGCGAAACGUUUGCCCACCACAAAACUUGGUAUAUAUAUAGAAACACGUGUGAAUAAUUUCUUGAAAAAGAAAGAAGCUGGUGCUGGUGAGGUACACAUAAGGGUUGUAUCCUCCUCUGAUAAAUGUGUAGAGGUAAAACCGGGCAUGCGACGACGAUUCGUUGAUAAUGCGGAAAUGUCUUCAGAAUUUCCAUAUCGGGCGAAAGCUUUAUUCGCAUUUGAAGAGGUGGACGGAGUUGACGUUUGUUUCUUUGGCAUGCAUGUACAAGAAUAUGGUUCCGAAUGUCCACAACCGAACACGCGACGUGUAUAUAUUGCCUAUUUAGAUUCGGUACAUUUCUUUAAACCGCGUCAGUAUCGAACCGCAGUGUAUCAUGAGAUACUGCUGGGUUAUAUGGAUUAUGUGAAACAAUUAGGUUACACAAUGGCGCAUAUUUGGGCAUGCCCACCUUCCGAGGGCGACGAUUAUAUAUUCCAUUGUCAUCCGACGGAUCAGAAAAUACCUAAACCAAAACGUUUGCAGGAAUGGUAUAAAAAAAUGCUAGACAAGGGUAUGAUUGAACGUACUAUACAGGAUUACAAAGAUAUUUUGAAACAAGCAAUGGAAGACAAAUUGACAUCAGCGGCUGAGUUACCUUACUUUGAAGGCGAUUUCUGGCCUAAUGUAUUGGAAGAAAGUAUCAAAGAAUUAGACCAAGAGGAAGAGGAGAAACGCAAACAAGCCGAAGCAGCAGAAGCUGCUGCAGCAGCCAAUAUAUUUUCAAUUGAAGACAAUGAAGUCAGUGGUGAUGGAAAGAAAAAGGGUCAGAAGAAAGCAAAGAAAUCCAAUAAAUCCAAAGCUGCGCAGCGUAAAAACAACAAGAAGACCAAUGAACAACAGACAGGCAAUGACCUCUCUGCCAAGAUCUAUGCCACUAUGGAGAAACACAAGGAGGUGUUCUUUGUGAUACGCCUGCAUUCGGCACAAUCAGCUGCAAGUUUAGCGCCUAUACAAGAUCCAGAUCCAUUAUUAGCAUGUGAUCUGAUGGAUGGACGAGAUGCGUUCUUAACAUUGGCAAGAGACAAGCACUUCGAAUUCUCAUCACUUCGUCGUGCUCAGUUUUCUACGUUAUGCAUGCUGUACGAACUACACAACCAAGGCCAAGAUAAGUUCGUCUAUACAUGUAACAAUUGCAAAACUGCAGUGGAAACACGAUAUCACUGCACAGUUUGUGAUGAUUUUGAUCUCUGCUCGGUGUGCAAGGAGAAAGUUGGCCAUCCACAUAAAAUGGAGAAACUUGGCUUGGACAUUGAUGAUGGCUCAUCACCAGCCGAUCUCAAACAAGCAAAUCCUCAAGAGGCGCGGAAACAAUCCAUUCAACGAUGCAUUCAGUCUUUGGUGCACGCAUGUCAGUGCCGUGAUGCCAAUUGUCGCUUGCCCUCGUGUCAAAAGAUGAAACGGGUUGUUCAGCAUACAAAGAACUGCAAACGCAAAACUAAUGGUGGCUGUCCAAUUUGCAAACAACUAAUUGCGCUUUGCUGCUACCAUGCCAAGCACUGCCAGGAGCAAAAAUGCCCAGUUCCGUUCUGUCCAAAUAUUAAACACAAGCUCAAACAGCAACAAUUGCAACAAAAAUUACAACAGCAACAACUAUUACGCCGUCGCAUGGCUCUUAUGACUCGCACCGUUACUACACCAGCUGCUUUAACAGGUGGUCCAGUUGUUGGAGCUGGUCCAGUUGUAGUGCCUAGCGGCGUUGUUGGACCCGCUGCUGUUGGCGUUGGUGUUGGUGUGGGUGUCCCCGGUGUAAAUGUUGGUCAAACAAAUAUGCCUGGGCAACCAGCUCUAAUGGCAGCGAAUGCUGCUGGUGGAAUGAGUCCAUCUACAGUGGCUGUACCCUCACCGGUAUCGGCACAGAUGAGUGGAGGUAUGACUUCACCGCACCCCCAUCAGCCUGGGAUUGGAAUGAAGCCAGGUGGUGGUCAUUCACCUUCACCAACUGUCUUGCAAGUUGUUAAACAGGUCCAAGAGGAAGCUGCGCGACAACAAGGUGGUCCCAUGCCGCCUCCAGUAAUCCAACGUCACAUAGGAGGUAUGCCUAAUCAAGGCAAUCCUGGUGGUGGUAUGAUUGGAAGCAAUGUGGGAAAUGUUGGCGUUGGCGGUGUGGGUGUCGGACAAAUGGGCCCAGGUGGUGUAAAUACUGUUAUGGGUAACAAUAUGCCAAUGGAUCAAUGGGGUGGCGGUAAUCGUUAUCAGGGAAAUUCCAAUCCAGGAAUGCGACAACCAAACCAAACCCAAGUGCAAAUGCAACAGAAUAGUAUGCAGCCGAAUAUGAUGGGCAUGGUUGGAGCCGGCGGCUCGAAUCAAAUGCUUGGAGGUCCAGUUGGCAAUAUGGGUAAUAAUGCUGGUGGUACAGGGGUUGGAGGAAUGAACAGCCCUGGCGGUGGCAUGGGAGGCAUGGUCGCUGGCGGCCAGGUUGGUGGGCCCGGUGGUGGCAUUCGGCCGCAAGGUAGUCAGCACAAUGCACCUGUUGACAGUGGUCAGGGGUUAAAUGAAGCUCAACUUGCGCUUAUUAUGCAGAAGAUUAAAAACAAUCCAUCGCACGAUAACCAACAGAUACUGCAAGUCCUGAAACGUAAUCCGCGUAUAAUGGCAGCCAUCAUUAAACAACGUCAACAGAGCCAACCGAAUCCUAGUGGUAGCGGUGGCGGUGGCCCAGCGGGUAAUGGACAACAACAACAACAGCAACAACAGCAAGUAAUGCAACAAAAUCAACAAUUGCAACACAUGAUGAGCCAACAGCAGCAAAUGUCUCAAGCGAAUCAGCAACAAGUUGUGAUGCAACCCCAACAACAAGCUGGUCCACCACAUCAGCGUAUGCCAGGCAUGCAAAAUCCAAUGAUGAUGCAACAACAGCAGCAAGUGCCUAGCAACAUGCAACAACAAGGACCGAUGCCUAACGUACAAUGGUUUAAAGCGCGACAAAUGCCGAUGCCCAAUUACCCGCCUCCUUAUCCUCAACGUCAACGCGCACCUCCGCAAAUGGGUGGUGGUGGCGGACAACAAUUUACCGGUGGUAACUUUGGCCCUGGUGGGCCAGGUGAUCAGUAUGCAGUAGCCGCUGCGGCUAUGCAACAAGGCCUAAAACCACCCACACCUCAACAACAAAUGGGUGGUAUGCCAGGUGCUGUGACUCAGCAGCAGCAACAACAACAGCAGCAAAUGAUGCAAGCAGGUGGUGUGGUGGGGGGACCUGGAGUCGGCAUGGUGGGUGGCCCUAAUGUAAUGGGCCCGCCGACGCCACAUACCCUGCAACAACAAAUAAUGCAGUCAGCAGCGCGCGCUUCACCGCCUAUACGUUCACCGCAACCUACACCGUCGCCGCGUUCCGCGCCAUCGCCACGAGCUGGUGGGCCAUCAGCUUCGCCACGCGCUCAACCAUCGCCGCAUCAUGUAAUGAGUCAUUCACCAGCGCCCGGUCCACCACAUGAUGGCGGUCUACAUAAUCAUGUUGGUGGCAUGCAUGCGCCACAUCAAUCACCACUGCCAGGUGGUGUAUCACAGGACGUCGGCGUUGGCGGUGUAGUUGGUGGUGGAGUUGUCGGUGGUGCUGGUCCCGGUCAAGCCGUUGCCGAUGCAUCUGAUCAACUGACCAAAUUUGUGGAACAACUCUAGUGUAGUAAUUAACAGUUGCAGGCACCCACUAGCACGUUCAGCAACAACAGCAACAAGAUGUAUCCACGUUAUUACUAAGAUGAGCCAAAAUUAUGCAUCUGUACAGAUUAAUCAAUCAUAUUUUUGUUUCAAAUAUUUGGUUGAAGUUUUUUACUAUUUAUGUUUGUUUUUGAGGCAUCACAAUUGAAGUUAUUGAUUUCAAUUUUCAUAUCUCUAAAAGUUAGGUUUAUAAUUUAUUUGCUUCUUUGAAUUAUAUCCAUAGUUAAGAAUAGUGUUUAGAACAUUCUGAAGUUACGAUCGCACGUUCAUACGUUCCAUCGCACCAAGUUAUACCUUAUUGUCAUAAGCAUUUAAAGAGUAAUAAUAUGAUUUGCCGAAAGAUGCAUUAGAUGCAUGCAAGCAGUACUCAAAAUAGAUAUGAUCGAUCAAAAAUAAAGUAUGGUAUAGUUACUAUAAAAAGUAGGCGGUUACUAAAAUCCUUUUAAUUACAAAACCAAUAGUACAUGCAAAGUAUAUUUAUAUACAUUUUUGGACAAGACUUUCUUGUGAUGCUAAAAUCGUCUACGAAAAAAAAAGAAACUUAUAUUACUUAAGGGUUCAGAUUAAAAUGUUGGCUGUACUUUCAUCUCUUAUAUGUUAUUUCGAAGGUAAAUCCUUUGUGGUCGGCCAAUUUGUGCACAUUUAGCAAUAUCUUAAAUUUAGGAUUUUUUUUAUUUCUGAGUUUACUUCAUUUAUACUCAUCCUUAAAAUACUGUUGAACGAAUACACUACUACAUGCACACACUGAUAUAUUCUAUAUAUAGAGAGACUUUAAUGCAAUUUAAAUGAUUAAUAAUAUAUCAUAAAUCAUAUGUAGAUGUA